ACACUCAAACAACUCGAUGACAAAGUUGAAGAAGCCGUCAAAAAAGUUGAAGAUAAAUGUGAUGAAACCGUCAAACAAGUUGAAGAAAAAUGUGAUGAAUCCUUCAAACAAAUUAGCGAUCAAAUUGAUGCAGUAGCUCAACGUAUAGACUUUAUGCAAACGACUAAACAAGGUGAUGCGAAUAAGAUUGAACCAAGUGAACUAAUGCAACUAGAAAUUGUAAUUUUAGAAUCUGUUAAAGUUUGCUAG